CAAUAAUAGUUACUACAGCUGUUAAAAUGUAGCAAAGGAGAGGUUACAAUUCUGCCAUCAGACUAGCAAGCCUCCUCCUCUGCCCUCGGCCUAUAAAUGGGGAUGUCGCUGGCCCAACAUCACUUCACCUGGAGCCACAGCCACAGCAGACGAUCCACUGAAGCACAUCCAGCCUAAUCAUGAGCAGGAACUACAUGUCCAAGUUUGAUGAGCUCCGCAAGGGAGACUACCUCUGGUCCAACAACCAUGAGUGGAAAGCCGUUUUCCAGGACGAUGGCAACUUUGUGAUCUACGGCUGGAGGCAGAUGUGGUCGUCUGACACGGCUGGCCAGAGGGACGCCCACCGCCUCUGCAUGCAGGACGACUGCAACUUCGCCAUGUACAAGCGUGACAACAAGAUGAUGUGGCAGACCAAGACCCAGGCGUCCGGUGGCUUCAAGAUGUGCCGCAUGUACCUCCGCAAUGACGGCAACCUGGUGAUUGAGAGGGAUGGAGAGGAGGUGUGGAACUCCUCCCAGUCCAAGGGAUCCAAGUGAGGAUGCCGUCUCCUGUUACAGGGUGUUGGCACAGACAACAGUGCACUCUAUGUACACAUGCGGAGUCACAUGCCGUGUUUAUUAAUCAGUACGUUCAGUAAAAAGCAAACUGCAAACAUGA